AGUCCUUCCUUCCAACAGGAAGAACUCUUCCUUCCAACAGGAAAAAUUUUUCUUUCCAACAGGAAAAGUCCUUCCUUCCAACAGGAAAAAUUUUUUCUGUUGUCCGUCCGUAAACCAUUCAAAUUUUCGAAAAUUGAGAACUUUUUGGCCGACCUUCAGGAAAAAUUUUUCUUUCCAACAGGAAAAAUUUUUCUUUCCGACAGGAAAAGUCCUUCCUUCCAACAGGAAAAAUUUUUCUUUCCAACAGGAAAAGUCCUUCCUUCCAACAGGAAAAGUCCUUCCUUCCGACAGGAAAAGUCCUUCCUUCCAACAGGAAAAAUUUUUCUUUCCAACAGGAAAAGUCCUUCCUUCCAACAGGAAAAGUCCUUCCUUCCGACAGGAAAAAAAUUUCUUGACAACAGGAAGAACUCUUCCUUCCGACAGGACACAAACGAAUGUCCGACGUACCACCAACCGAGUCCAUUCCAAAGCCAGAAGAACCGACAGCCCCAGCACCACAACAGACUAAGACUCAAACACUUACAUUUUUUACGCUUGACUUUUUACAAUUUGAACUUUGUUCGCGUAGAUAUGAAUUCUGAAAGAAGUAUGAGGGUCUUGUAUGACUUUGUACUUCUCCCAUAG